GAUCCGGACAGUAAUACAGUAAUUUUAGGUUAGAAGAGACUGGUCAGUAAACAAAGCAUGACACGACAUGCGAGAAAUUGCACAGCUGGUGCUGUUUAUACUUAUCACGAGAAAAAAAAGGACGCAGCAGCCUCAGGUUAUGGCACAAAUACGCAAAGAGUUGGGAAAGAUUCUGUAAAAGAUUUUGACUGUUGCUGUUUGACAUUACAACCAUGUAGAAAUCCUGUCAUAACAAAGGAUGGCUAUUUGUUUGACAAAGAAGCUAUAUUGGAAUAUGUUUUAACAAAAAAGAAAGAAUAUGCAAGGAAGUUGAAGGAAUAUGAGAAACAAAAACAACAAGAAGAAGAACAGUCUAAUGAAAAAAGCGCUAAUGAAGAAUUGCAAAAAUUGCAAAAGUUUUUAAAGGGCGAGAAAAAUAUUGUUUCUAGAAGUCAAACGAUCAUCAAAGAGUCUACUUCUUCAGUUUCUAAUAUGGUUAAUGGCAAAGAUAAAAUGUUGCCAAGUUUUUGGAUUCCAUCUAAAACACCAGAGGCAAAAGAAACUAUGUUACAAAAACCAGAUAAAAGAAUUUAUUGUCCUAUUAGUGGUAAUCCAUUAAAAAUAAAAGAUCUUAUUCACAUAAGAUUUACCGAAGUAAAGGAUCCUGAUGAUAAAAAGUCUCUGAUUGUUAAACAAGCUAGAUAUAUGUGUCCAAUUACACACGAUAUUUUAAGCAACAGUGUUCCAUGUGCAAUCAUAAAGACAACUGGUGAUGUAGUUACAAUGGAAUGUGUAGAAAAAAUUAUCAAGAAAGAUUGGAUUAACCCCUUAGAUAAUACAAAAUUGACAGAAGCGGAUAUUAUACCUCUUCAAAGGGGUGGUACUGGAUAUUCGUCAGUUAACGAUGGCUUAGAAGGUAAACAUGAAAGACCAGUAUUACAAGCGUAAAGUAUAUAGAUAUUGUAAUUUUUAUACGUACAAGAAUUAAUGUAUUACAAUGAAACAUAUUAUCAGAAAGAAUUAAUAAAAUGUAUA